GUCAUAAUGAACUUUGAGAACGUCCCUCUAGAUAUUGACAAGAUGGCGGCCUCCAUUGGAAAUUUGGCCGGAAAGGUUGCUCUAGUUACAGGGGCUAGUUCCGGUAUCGGAGCGGCCACAGCCCAGCUGUUCUCACGACUAGGGGCGUCUGUCGCCAUCACCGGAAGGAACAAGGACAACCUCCAGGUGGUCGGCAGUAAGUGUAACAAGCCAUUUAUCAUCCCCGGGGACCUCGUGAAUGAAGAAGACACAAAGCGAGUUCUUAACGAGACGGUGAAACAUUUUGGAGGCCUACAUAUACUGGUCAAUUGCGCUGGAAUAAUAGAGUUGGGAAGCAUUGAAAAUACAUCCUUGGCACAGUAUGAUAGCAUGUUCAACAUCAAUGUCAGGUCAAUCUAUCACCUAACAAUGCUGGCGGUGCCACACCUUGUCAAAUCAAAGGGUAAUAUAGUCAACGUCUCCAGCGUCAACGGGAUGCGUUCCUUUCCAAAUGUGCUUGCAUACUGCAUGUCAAAAAGUGCCGUUGACCAGUUUACAAGAUGUGUAGCGUUAGAACUCGCCCCGAAACAAGUGAGAGUGAAUUGUGUAAACCCCGGUGUAACAAUCACAGAGCUGCAGAAGAGAGGAGGACUGGACGAGGAAGCAUACACGAAGUUCCUUGAACGUUCGAAAGAGACGCACGCGCUGGGUCGGCCAGGGCAGCCGGAGGAAGUGGCGUCCGUGAUCGCCUUCCUCGCCUCUGAUGCCGCGUCCUUCAUCACCGGGGCAACCGUCCCUGUGGACGGCGGUCGACACGCCAUGUGUCCCAGAUAGUAGAUUUUGGGUGCAGUAAAUGGGUGGUGAUCAUCAAACAUUUGACAUGAGAAGGGGUCGGGUGGAAUGCAUUUAUUAUCCUUGAUUUGAGUCUGUGAGUCGGGAGUGGAUUUAAAUGUGGGGGAAUGAAUUUGUUACAUAUAUGUUUUAUAUAUUUAAAGCUGCCGCAAAUCUUUAUUUUAUGAUAUCAAUUAUUGAUGAAAGUGUUUCGUUAAAUCGUUAACACCGAUGUAAUUAAUAUACAGUACUCUAUAUGUUAUUACUUUCGUUUGGAAUUGUACGGAAUGCUAAUGAUUUUAAUACUUAUAAAUAAUUUGUUAUCAUGUUGUUCCUGCAAGGUAACUAAGGCAUGGUCACGUGAAACAUAGUGACUAACAUAUACAUGACAUGGAGAGUGCGCAAUCUUCAAGGCUUAAGUUGCUCCAUGUGAUUUUAGACUCGAUUUAGUUGUUUGAUUUAAAGCAAUAAAUGAUUCCACUAUCAUGA